GCUCCCGCAGCGGCAGCGCCCCUGCAGCGCGGCACCCGGCGGCGGCGCGCAGCCAGUGGAGUGGGUGGUGCAGGGCAGGGGUGGUAUAUCCAGUCUGACCGAGGGCGGGCCCCGCCAGUGCCAGCCGAGGGACGAGCCGGGGUGGAGGCGCCAGGAGCCGCCGCCGGGAGCCUCACGCGGACCUCUCACUCUAUGGCCCUGGGGAGCCGCUGAGCGCCAGCAGAGCCGCGCCCGCCCGCCCGCCCGCCGCACCUCGCCGCCCCUCGCCGCCCCUCUCGGCUCUCGCACGCCCGGCCCGCGCCUCCCGCCGCCAUGAACCACUCGCCGCUCAAGACCGCCUUGGCCUACGAAUGCUUUCCCGACCAGGACAACUCGACGCUGGCUCUGCCGUCGGACCAAAAGAUGAAGACCGGCACGUCGGGCAGGCAGCGCGUGCAGGAGCAGGUGAUGAUGACCGUCAAGCGGCAGAAGUCCAAGUCUUCCCAGUCGUCCACCCUGAGCCACUCCAACCGAGGUUCCAUGUAUGAUGGCUUGGCCGACAAUUACAACAACUAUGGGACCACCAGCCGGAGCAGCUACUAUUCCAAGUUCCAGGCGGGGAAUGGCUCAUGGGGAUAUCCGAUCUACAACGGGACCCUCAAGCGGGAGAAUGACAACAGACGCUUCAGCUCUUACAGCCAGAUGGAGAACUGGGGCCGGCACUACCCACGGGGCAGCUGUAACACAACGGGCGCCGGCAGUGACAUCUGCUUCAUGCAGAAAAUCAAGGCGAGCCGCAGCGAGCCCGACCUCUACUGUGACCCGCGGGGCACCCUGCGCAAGGGCACACUGAGCAGCAAGGGCCAAAAGACCACCCAGAACCGCUAUAGCUUCUACAGCACCUGCAGUGGCCAGAAGACUGUCAAGAAGUGCCCCGUGCGCCCGCCCUCCUGCACCUCCAAGCAGGACCCGGUGUACAUCCCACCCAUCUCCUGCAACAAGGACCUGUCCUUCGGCCACUCGAGGGCCAGCUCCAAGAUCUGCAGUGAGGACAUUGAGUGCAGUGGGCUGACCAUCCCUAAGGCUGUGCAGUACCUGAGCUCCCAGGAUGAGAAGUACCAGGCCAUCGGGGCCUAUUACAUCCAGCACACCUGCUUCCAGGAUGAAUCAGCCAAGCAACAGGUCUAUCAGUUGGGAGGCAUCUGCAAGCUGGUGGACCUCCUGAGGAGCCCCAACCAGAACGUCCAGCAGGCUGCAGCCGGGGCCCUGCGUAACCUGGUUUUCCGGAGCAUCACCAACAAGCUGGAGACCCGGAGGCAGAAUGGGAUCCGAGAGGCUGUCAACCUCCUGAGGAGAACUGGGAGCACAGAGAUCCAGAAACAACUGACUGGGCUGCUCUGGAACCUGUCUUCCACUGAUGAGCUGAAGGAGGAGCUCAUCGCUGAUGCCCUGCCUGUGCUGGCUGAUCGGGUCAUCAUCCCCUUCUCUGGCUGGUGUGACGGCAACAGCAACAUGGCCCGGGAAAUAGUGGACCCUGAGGUCUUCUUCAAUGCCACAGGCUGCUUAAGGAACCUGAGCUCUGCCGAUGCAGGCCGCCAGACCAUGCGAAACUACACGGGGCUCAUUGAUUCCCUUAUGGCCUAUGUCCAGAACUGUGUAGCUGCCAGCCGCUGUGAUGACAAGUCUGUGGAGAACUGCAUGUGUAUCCUGCACAACCUCUCCUACCGCCUGGAUGCCGAGGUGCCCACCCGCUACCGCCAGCUGGAGUAUAAUGCCCGCAACGCCUACACUGAGAAGGCCUCCACCGGCUGCUUCAGCAAUAAGAGCGAUAAGAUGAUGAACAACAACUAUGACUGCCCCCUUCCGGAGGAAGAGACCAACCCCAAGGGCAGCAGCUGGUUGUACCACUCAGAUGCGAUCCGCACCUACCUGAACCUCAUGGGCAAGAGCAAGAAAGAUGCCACCCUGGAGGCCUGUGCUGGUGCCCUGCAGAACUUGACUGCCAGCAAGGGGCUGAUGUCCAGUGGCAUGAGCCAGCUGAUUGGGCUCAAGGAAAAGGGCCUGCCACAAAUCGCCCGCCUCCUGCAAUCUGGCAACUCGGAUGUGGUGCGGUCUGGAGCCUCCCUCCUGAGCAAUAUGUCCCGCCACCCUGUGCUGCACAGAGUGAUGGGGAACCAAGUAUUCCCAGAGGUGACCAGGCUUCUCACCAGUCACACUGGGAACACUAGCAACUCGGAAGACAUCCUGUCCUCGGCCUGCUACACUGUGAGGAACCUGAUGGCCUCGCAGCCGCAGAUGGCCAAGCAGUAUUUCACCAGCAGCAUGGUCAACAAUGUCAUCAACCUGUGCCGCAGCAGCGCCUCGCCCAAGGCCGCAGAAGCUGCCCGCCUCCUCCUGUCUGACAUGUGGUCCAGCAAGGAGCUACAGGGUGUCCUCAGACAGCAAGGUUUGGAUAGGAACAUGCUGGGAUCCUUAACUGGGCCAAACAGCUUCCGGAACUUCACCUCCCGAUUCUAAGAAGGGGCUGCUCAAGCAAGUACAGAUUGUAGGAGUGGUGUGAUCCAGCUGAGAAGACCUCAGGCCUUGCUGGACGGGCGACUCUGUCCACCCUGUGCGAUGUUUGGAAAAGUUCAAAUCCAAUCGAAAGGAAACCUGAAAACUGUGGAUGAUGGAAAUAUUUUUAGAUUUUUUUUUUUUCCUUGGGGGAACUGGCAGCCAGGGAGGGUUGGGAAGGGGGGGGAACUUCUCUUGAGUUAAAGGGGCUUAUGUUUCAUGUCAAUACUUCUUUCUCUGAGAAAUGAUAUAUAUGUAUAUAUAUGUACGUAUCAUAUAUAUAUAUGCAUAUAUAUACAUACAUAUAUAUAAUGUAAGUGUGUAUGUGUGUGCAAGAAUGACCACAAAGUGCAAAAAGCGAAGUAAGCUGUUACUGCAGCUCAUGAGGUGGUGAAAAGGACUCUCCCAUGUUUCUUACUCGUAGGCAGGGGCUUCCGUGCUUUUUGUUUAGCUCCCCGUAGUUCCCAAAAUGUGCCGUGCCAGGGCAGGCGGCCCGCACCAGGGUCGGGUCCACAGGAAGUCUUGCAAGGGAGCCAUGGAGUGGGGGAGGUAAGGGGGGGUAAGGGGGAGUGACUGGGCCUGGGGCCAACCUCCCCCCUUAAGAGGCAGCUUUGCAGGAAGGGAGGCUGGCCAGGCUGCUGAAGUCCAGUGUAUCUCGUGGGAAAAUCUAGCUGUCUGAUAGUGCGCCCUUCCCGCAAAGCCCCGGGGCCUGGGGCUGGACGGGGUUGGGGCUCUGGAGGCCAGGGGAGGACAGUCACCUUUGCUUUGCUACCUGAAGUCUGUUCUGGGGGAGUAGGAGCCUGAGAGAUGGGGCUGGCCAUUCUCUUGGGCUGUGAAACCGGUCAGAGGAGGCUCAGCCUAUAAAGCACCUGCCUUCAGAGGCUUGUCAUCUACCUGUUUCAGGAGAAAGAAGGCAAAAUGAUGCCCGAAGCUAAAGAACUGUUCAGGACACGGCUGUUUGGUCGUCAUAUUCCCAACAGCAACGGGGACAAGCUGGGGCCAGACAGGGGCCUGCUCCAGGCUCCAGUGGGACAGCAGCUGUUUGGAAACUAGCCAGGAGGACACUUCCCUGUGGGUCUGAUAAGACUCAAGUGAGAGAGUGUUUUGGGUCCCAGAAGACUUUGAAGUUGGGCAUUUGGAUAGACCAGGAAGGGGAACUGUCAAAUCAGGGCCCCGAUGAGCCCAAGCCCCAGCCAGUGGCCAUCCCCACCUUCCCCUGAAGCCCAGCCAUCCUGCUCUUCACUGUGUCUUUGGGAAAACCACAGAGGAUGUGAUCAAAGGGGCUUAUCUGGGACACCGGCUGCACCCAAGACCCCAGACUCUUGCGCAUUUCAGAUGAGAAGUAGUAGAAGGACCCCCUCAGGGCCCCAGGGGAAAGCUUGCUGUACAUAGCCCUUAGUAUACUGUAAGAUAGAGAGAACUUUCCUUUCUGCCUCCGCCACCCGUACUAGCGUUGUUGGUGUCAGAUAGGAAUUAACUGCCUGGUCCAGAUCCUUCUCUAGAAGAAUAGAAGGUGCUGCUCAUCCUACAUUCCUCCUCAUCCUCCUCCCAGGUCCGCUGCCUGCCCCCCGGCCUCCACCACCCCCCAAUCCAACCCCACUUCUUGCCCCCGCAGUCGGAAUUGAAACGUACCUUUCUGAACUAAGGAUGUACCUAUUAAGAGAUGUGACAACUGAGAUGUGAUCAGCCAUGUGAUGACAGGCCAUUUCACCAGGUCUGUGAUGCCCUCCCUCCCUUUUGCUCAUGGUGGAAGGCCCUCCUCCUGGCUCAUCCCUCUCUCUCAGGAGCCACAAGGGAGCCUGGUCCCAUCAGAUAGUCUGGGGGGAGGGAGGGGUAGGUCCCAGGAUGACUCCUCUGCCAGUCACCGGGGCUCAGAGGAAUUCAUUUCUUAAAAAAAUAUGUAUGAUGCACCAAUACAUACCAGGCAGUGUUCUGGGAUCUCAGGAUACAUCAGGGAAUGAAACAGACCAAGCCCUGUCCUCAUGUACAUUAUGUUCUCCAGGAGGAAGGAGACACGGGGUGUUUGGCCUUGGGGACCCCUCCCCCAGUGUGAAAGGACUGUCCACUCCCAUCAGAGCAAGAGGGAAAUAGCGCACUCCCAGGGAGUCUGUGACAGCCUUUCCCCUAGUGCUGUCCUGACCUCCUGCCAUUCCUCUUUGCCGUUCUUCUGUUCCAGCUGUGCUGAAGACCCAGGUGGACCCGGCCCUCUGCCUUGAGGAAUGGUGGGUGGAGGUGGACAGGUAGGCCGGGCCUGAUUUUGUAAGCUCUCUAGUGCUUUCUCAGGCCGGCCAGCUGGGCCUGUCACCUGGGCCUCUGGCCCAGGCCUGUCACUUUGGAAGAGGCAAAACUGAGAGAGUCCUGAGGAUGCAUUUCCUAAAGACGGGGAGGAAGUGGGUGGCCCAGGCAUGGCUCAGUAUCUAAAGCCCACGUUGGCCUCAUGCUAUUGGGGUUGACGCCCCAAACAAGACAUUCCAAUUUGAGGGCAAUGAGGAGGGACAUAGACCACCCAGUCACACCUUGUCCCUGCCCAGACCCCAGGGUCUCUUGUGCUUAACACAGAUCCAGUCACUGGCCACCAGCAGCCUGUCCAGUGGGAGCCAGACCAGCAAUGAACCCCAUGCUUCUCCUGGUGAUGCAGUGGGGGGGUGUCACCAGUCAUGUGAGGACACUGAUGUUCUCUCUCAGCCACCCCAGAGCCUGAAAGGUGGGAUGGCUCUGACAAGGAAGCCUGGGACAGUGGGAUGGGCAGGGGCAGAUGGGCAGAGGGAAGCCCAGCGGAUGGUUCUGUGAGGUGCCCUGGAGCCCUUCCAGAGCCCAUUCUCCCCUCUGCCCCGUGUUUGUGUAAGAGCCUUGUGCUGGCCAAGCCCAGUUUCUCUGUGUGUGCACUAUGUGUUUGCUUUUUUGGAAAUAUAGAAAAUCAAUAAAUUGCUGGCAUUUCUUUGAA